CCCCCAGGUUAGCCACUGGGCCAAAGCCCCUCUCUGUGGGGCCAGAUGGGAACCGCAUACUGCUUGGAUCAACUGAGACAGAUGGAAACCGGACCCAAGCUGCUCGAUGGAAACAAGACCCAACCUGAAGAGCAGCUCACUGGGCUGAGACUUUGUUUUGUGGUGGGCAUAUUGUCUUUUGCUGUGACGGCCAUCUCCUGCUGAGGCCAAUCAACAAGGCCCCGGUGCUCUCCGACGGACCUUUCUCCUAAUCCUCCUGUGACUGGCGGCCUGGGUUGGCCCCUGCCCUUGCGGGGGGCGUGUAGGGAGAGAAUAACCGGGAUUCCGCAGGAGCUGUCUCGCUCUCGCCUCGUCGCCUUUCAUGCCAAGCCCCCAUCGGCGGAAGACUAUUUGGACAAGCGCUAUUACUCAGCAGCCUGCCCGCUUUUGUCUCUGCUGCCCGGCUGUGCUUGUCUGAAGUCUGAAUAGGCUCAGGCCUCGGAACGAGUGAGGGACGAAGCGCGCAAGAGAGGCCGGAGAUCCCUCGAGUCCAGGCUGUCCUCCAACCACCCGGCUUAGCCGGACCUAUUUCACCUGCCUUCCAAGUUGCAGCCGUUCCUCAUGCCUCGGGCACGGGGUUCUGCUCGCCAGCUCCUGCCAUUUCUCCUUGGUCUUCUGGGCCUUGCUCUGGGGGAGAGCUGGCAGCAGGGGCAGUGGGACCACCGGGAGCACCGGGAGCACCGGGAGCAACAGUCCCUGCCGGCGCCUCUGCACCAAGCUCUGGACCCGAAGGAAGCUUUCCUGCUGCUGUCCCUCCACAACAGACUGAGGAGUAAAGUCCGCCCACCGGCUGCCAACAUGCAGAGAAUGGACUGGAGUGACAAACUAGCCCACCUGGCCCAGGAGCGGGCGGCCAGCUGUGAGCCCGAGGUCCUGCCCCCGGCCCCACCUCAAGCCCUGCAGCUCGGCUGGAACGUGCAGCUCCUGCCCUUGGGCGCUGCCUCCUUCAUGGAUGUGGUGAUGCUGUGGUUCGGAGAGGGGCGGCUGUACAGCCACUCCACGGCCCAGUGUGCCAACAAUGCCACCUGCAGCCACUACACCCAGCUGGUGUGGGCCACCUCGAGCCAGCUGGGCUGCGGGCGUCACAAGUGUGCUGAGGGUUCCAGGGAGAUGGACCUGUUUGUCUGCGCCUAUUUCCCUGGAGGCAACUGGAAGAUGAACGGGAAUACCAUUGUCCCCUACAAGAAAGGGGCCUGGUGCUCUCUCUGCACUGCGGGGGUCUCCGGCUGCUUCAAGUCCUGGGAUCAUGGCGGCGGGCUCUGUGAGGUGCCCAGGAACCCCUGCCGCGUGAGCUGCCGGAACGGUGGACACCUCAACGUGACCACCUGCCACUGUGCCUGCCCCCCAGGCUACACUGGCAGGUACUGCCAAGUGCGGUGCAGUGUGCGGUGCCAACACGGGAGCUUCCGGGAGGAGGAAUGCUCCUGCCUCUGCGACGUUGGCUACGGUGGAGCCGAGUGUGCAAUCAGGGUGCCAUUUCCCUUUCACGCCUGCGACCUGCAGAUAGACGGGGACUGUUUCAUGGUCUCCUCUGAAGCGGACACUUACUACGGAGCCAAGAGUAAAUGCCAGGGGAAGGGAGCUGUGCUAGCUCAGAUCAGGAAUCAGAAAGUGCAGGACAUCCUCGCCUUCUACCUGGGCCGCCUGGAAACGACGAACGAGGUGACAGACACCGACUUUGAGACCAGGAACUUCUGGAUCGGCCUCACCUACAAGACCUCCAAGGAUUCAUUUCGCUGGGACACCGGAGAGCCGUUUACCUUUGCCAGCUUUGCGUUUGGGCAGCCAGACAACCAGGGGUUCGGGAACUGCGUGGAACUGCAGGCAUCAGCUGCCUUCGACUGGAACGACCAACGCUGCAAAACUCGCAACCGCUACAUCUGUCAGUUUGCUGAAGAGCAUAUCUCCCGGUGGGACCCAGAGCCCUGAGAGAGUCCGGCGCCACCCAAGCAUCCCCCAACAUUUCCUUCGCUUCCCCAGCCUCAACCAAGCCAUUCCAGGAGGCACAGGAAGAAGGGCCAUGGACAUUCUCGAGAGAGGAAGCUGCUUCCCCCUAGGACCUGCUGUGCUCUCCUGGCUGUCCCAGAUUCCCAUCCCCGUGGCCGAGGGUUGGGUCGAGGGAGAGGGUGAAGCCACCCAGGAGAUCCGCUGGACCCCAGACCAAGGAAGGGAUGAGAGAGGGACCUCAGGUGGGUGAGCUAAGGGGCUAGGGCUCCGCUGGACCAUUUGCACUGAUUUUUUUUUAAAUGGUAUUUGUUAAGUGCUUACUAUGUGCCAGCCACUAAUAUUAAGCCCUGCUGUAGAUACAAAAUAAUCAGAUUGGCCACGGCCCACAUGGGGCUCACAGUCUUAAUCCCCAUUUUACAGAUGAAGUAACUGAGGCACAGAGAAGUGAAGCGCCUUGCCCAAGAACAUUCAGUAGAUAGAUGGCUGGGCCAGGAUUAGAACCCAGGCAGGCCUGUGCUCUUUCCACUAGACCACACUGCUACUCUAGUGAUUGCCAAGAACCCCAGGCAGAGAACAUGUGGGGGUUGGAUCUUUCCCUCAGUGCUCUUUGCUGCCCAUCCUCGUUGUCCUCUCAGCUCUGGGCAGGAGGAAGAACCGACCUCCUUGUCAACUUAUAACCGGCAAGGCUCUCCCUGGCCAAGGACAGGGUUGGCCACUGGGCCUAUCCUGGGGACCAGAGCACAGUCAGUUCCCUAGAACGUGUUCUGGCAAGACCCCGCUUGGAGGAAAAUGCAGGUUUAGGGUGCACCCCUUGACCGAGAUGUGCAUCCAUCACCCGUAUCGUGUUCUAACCAGACAGACGUCCCCUAAUUGCCCCCGGCACUCAGUCCAAAACCCACACCCUGGAAAAGGUCCCUGGCUUCAAGGCAGAGGGAGGGCCCCGAUGCUUCUGCUGCCCUGCUUCCGUGGGGGGCUGCUUCUGCAAGUGAGUCUAGAGCCACCUCUGAGCAGGGAGCCUGACUAGCACAGCACUGAGCCACUAACAUAGCAGAGCAGAGAACGUGGGCCCUGGAGGAUGUGCCCUGUAGAGAAUUAAACUCCUUUCUGUCUGAA